AUGAGACAGGCAUACGGCGCACAAGCGCCCCGAUCUACCACUCUGCCAGCGAGACCAGGCCCCUCCUCCGCUCCAGGACUCCAUCACUACCUCCCCCUUCCCCCACUCUCCCUUCGCGACCCCGCACCGCCCUUGCGCCAACCCCACCUGAUCACAACCUACUCGCAUCUCCCUGACCGAUCCAUCACACCUGGAGAUAGCUCAAUGGCGUACUACAGUCCCUGCCGUAUCGGUUCGGACCUGAACUAUGGCUUUGACCGGCGAGUUGAGCGGAAGGAGGACGAGGAGGAGCAUUUAGACGGGGUGUGCGGGGCUCUCAGGCGAGAGUGGGAGGCAGGGAGACAGGGGGAGCGGGAGGGAGGGAUCAUUACCUGGAGGGGAAUGAUCACAAGGAUCAUGACUGCGCCAUACGAUAACGAGGGCUGGGAGAUGACAGCUAUCCCUCUGGCUGGAUCUGUGUAUAUAGAGCUGCACGACCCACCUGAUGUCCGAGCUGCGAGGGCAAAGAAGCAGUCGGGAUGGGCGUGGCAGAGCUACAUGGGGUACGCAUUCGAGUCCUUCUCGACCAAGACUGUCGGAGGGGAUGACGGCCCAGAGGUAGAUACGGAGGGGGAGGACAGACCAGAAGGCUGGAGUGGAGAUGUGAAUACGAACGUACAGUGGUGCAAUGUCAUCCGCUCAGCUAUAGGAGAGAUACCACUAUGUCUUGGAGGAGAGGUUGACUGCGUCAAAGGUGCGACUCGCAUCUCGAGCACGAGAAAUGGAAGGCUCAUAUGCGCAGCGGAGGUUGGGGCGCCACAUCCAGGUCUCGACGGCUGUAUGGAGCUCAAGACCAACAAAGUCAUCGAGAAUGAACGACAAGAGGGGAUCUUUCACAAAAAGAUGCUGAAGCACUGGGCUCAAUCGUGGCUGCUUGGAAUAUCGGAAGUGGAGGUCGGCUUUCGAGACGAGGCGGGCAUCGUCCGCUCUAGGCAGACUUUUGAGACAAUGUCCAUACCCCGCUUGUACAUCUCCACUGCCGAACCCCUGGCAAUAUACUGA